GCACAAAGGUCACUGUUGAGAAAAGGAGCGGACUCAUUUGUUCCUGAAAGUCACGGAGAAACAAAGCCACUGAGUAGAAGGGGAGAGGAGACACCAGUGAUUACCAUGGUGGCUGUCACAGAAUUCCAGAAGAUUGGUAUUGGUCUGAUGGGAUUCGGUGGAUUUUUCCUUCUCUUUGGUGUGCUGCUGUAUUUUGACUCUGUGUUGCUGGGCUUCGGGAAUAUUCUGUUUCUGACUGGUUUGACAUUCAUUAUCGGCUUCAAAAGGACAGCCCACUUCUUCUUCCAAAGACAAAAGUUUCGGGGUUCUUUGUUUUUCCUGGGAGGUGUGUCUCUGGUGCUGUGCCGUUGGCCAAUCAUUGGAAUGCUGGUAGAGAGUUAUGGCUUUGUGCUUCUAUUCAGGUCUUUCUUCCCCAUGGCCUUGGGAUUUAUGCUGUCAGCUGUGAAUAUCCCUUUCCUCAGUGCAUUUUUCCCCAGCAGCUCCUCCAUGGUCUGAGCA